AUGGAGUUCUGGUUGUCACUGAUUGCAUUUCUUUGCCUCUUCGUUUUUCUUCUGUCAUUUCUUGAUCUCUUCCAUAAAAACAAAAAGUUGCCACCAGGGCCCCCUACCUUACCCGUCCUAGGAAACUUUUUAUGGCUUCUGAGAUCAUCCAAUAAUUUUUCUUCGUUGGAGCCUGUUCUCCGCCAACUACGUGCCCAAUAUGGCCCUAUUGUGACCCUACACCUGGGAUCCGAGCCUUCCAUUUUCAUAACCACUGCUGAAGCUGCCCAUAAGGCACUUGUACGUAGUGGCUCGAUAUUUGCGAGUCGCCCACCAGCUCUUGAGACCACCCGUAUCAUGUUAAGCAACGAAACUACAGUGACUACUGCACCUUAUGGACCGCUAUGGCUCCAACUCCGUCAAAAUUUCAUGUCAGCGUUUCAUCCUUCACGCUUACAUUUGUAUUCCGAUGGGAGAAAAUGGGCAUUGAACAUACUUAGGAGCAGAAUCUUGGAAGAAGCGAGACCGAACCACGAAGCAAUUGUUGUUGUUGAUCAUUUUCAACAUGCUGUGUUUUGCUUGCUAAUUUACCUGUGCUUUGGUGAGAAAUACGAAGAGAGUGUUAUUAGACAGAUUACUUCAGUGCAACGUGCUAUUAUAAAAAAUUUCGUGAAGUUUAAUUUGCUUAAUUUCAUGCCUAAGCUGGGAAAAAUUCUGUUUCACAAGUUGUGGAAGGAACUUCUGGAGACUCGCCGAGAACUAGAGAAUGUCCUCCUGCCUCUUAUCGAUGCACGACGAGAGAAAAAACACCAGAAAUUAAUGAAUGAAGGAAGGGGAGAGAGCAUUCUGUCCUAUGUUGAUACCUUGAUAGAUUUUCAGUUACCAGAUAGUGGCAGAAAGUAUUCGGAUGAAGAAUUGGUGAGUUUGUGUUCAGAGUUUUUUCAUGGUGGGACGGACACUUCAAUAACGACAUUACAAUGGGCUAUGGCUAAUAUAGUGAAGCACCAACACAUACAAGAAAAGUUGCAUAAAGAAAUCAACGCUGCAGUAAAACCAGGAGAAGAGAUAACAGAGGAGGAUUUGAAGAGAAUGCCUUAUUUGAAGGCUGUAAUUCUGGAAACUCUUCGACGACACCCCCCAGGACACUUUAUACUACCGCAUGGGGUCACGGAGGAUACGAAAUUAGAAGGCUACGAUGUACCCAAAAAUUCGAUAAUUAAUUUUACGGUAGCAGACAUGGGAUGGGAUGCAGAUGUGUGGGAAGAUCCAAUGGAAUUUAGACCAGAGAGAUUCUUAAAAAAUGGUAAAGGUCAGGGGGUAGUGUUUGACAUGAAAGGUGUAAAAGAGAUCAAGAUGAUGCCCUUUGGUGCUGGUAGGAGAGCAUGCCCUGCUAUUGCCAUGGCAUUACUUCACCAAGAAUACUUUGUGGCAAAUUUGGUUAGAGACUUUACAUGGACUGCUGAAAAUGGUUGUGCCAUUGAUUUGUCAGAGAAACAGGAUUUCACCAUGGUCAUGAAGAAUCCACUUCGCGUGCAUAUUUCUCCAAGAACAUGUUGA